GUCGCGUCCAGGCCCCUGGCUUUGCCAAGUUCUCGCCAGUGGACCUCAUUGAGUCCGGCUACGCUCUGAAGAUACUGCUCGACAUGCACUUUGCCUACUCCUAAGUUCCUCCUUGGGCCAAAGGGCGUCACAGGUCGUCCUCGAACGUCAUCUACCCGGUCCCUGAUCCGGCCCUUGCCUCAGAUUGUCUAGCGACUUUUGAGUUUCAGCAUUUUGUGACUGCUCGUAUCUAUCAGGUCCAAGGGAAGCAGGGUUGGUACACGGUUGAUUCUCUGUUUUCUGGCUGGAUAUCUGCCUUGUUUGAUCCCGGAGAAUCGCGUCCGUCGCAACUGACGCUCUGGUUGUGCUAUUAGUGGGCAUCACCCUAAGUUGUCACCUAACCUCUCGCUCUUUACGUGCUCCUUCUCAAGCCUCAAAAGUCGCCGCUGUUUAUGAUACUAUUCUUUUCCCGUCCUAGCGCCUCUAAACCUACAUCCAUUCAGCUAUGUCGCCUUCGAAUCCUCACAUAUCCAGCCAGCUAAGGCAGCUCAUAUACUAUCACCUUGACAAUAACCUUGUCCGCAAUGCAUUGUUUCUCGCCGGUCGCUUACAUGCUUAUGAACCCCGGUCUUCGGAAGCGUCGUACCUGCUCGCCCUUUGUCAUCUUCAAAACGGGCAAGUGAAAGCAGCAUGGGAUUAUUCUCGGAGUUCCGGUUCAAGAGGCACCCACGUUGGCUGCUCAUAUGUCUAUGCUCAGGCAUGUUUAGAUUUGGGGAAGUAUGUCGACGGUGUGACGGCUUUGGAACGGAGCAAGGGGCUUUGGAUCUCUAAAAACAACUGGAACAAGCACAGUGAAAGUCGACGACAACACCUACCAGAUGCAGCUGCCAUCCUCUGUCUGCAGGGGAAACUAUGGCAGGCCCAUAAAGAUCUCAACAAAGCUGUAGAAUGCUAUGUUGAGUCUUUGAAAUUGAAUCCGUUUAUGUGGGAUGCAUUCCUUGGUCUCUGCGAGAUUGGUGUCAACAUUCGUGUUCCAAACAUCUACAAGAUGAACCCUGAACUACUUGCCAUGGUUUCGGCGUCCCCGCAAGGAGAAUUUGAGACUUUCCCUACCAAUGCACCGUUGCAGAUGCACUCCAAUGGAAGCGCAACCGUGGAUCCUUUUACGUCCUCUACGUAUCGUGUUGAUACUGUUCCUAUGACCGGUAACUCUGUUCUGUGGGAGAAGUUCAACGGGAGCAAUGUCAGUGUUGCGUCUGUGGGUGUUCCUCAUGAAGGUCUAGAGACCCCAGGUGGUCAGAGUAGCGAGUCGGAUGAUUUGCAUCUUGCAAAUGGAUCAAGCGGUGCAGAAGGUGCAUGGGAGCCACCUUUAGCACCUCUAAGGAAGAAUAGGAGUAUCCAGACCGCGGGUGUGGAUUAUUCCGGCGACUCCCCACCAAAAAUGAAGCCGACUAGCAUCAGGUCGCGGACACGUUCCAGGGCCGAGCACGAGGAACAGAAUGGAUACCAUGGUGAAAGAGAAAGUGCAGCUAUCGCCAGAGCGGGCGAUCGUAAGCGGACUGUAUCGGGUCAAGUUGCCCAUCCCCCACCAUCUCAGCCACCAGAGCCAGGGGCACCACAGCGCCGAAGUGUACGACUGUUUAAUCAAAUCAAGCCGACCACCAGCAAGCUUUCAAACACUACGCUGGGGGCAAAAGAUGGUCGUGAACUAAAGAAAGUGAGAGCCACAGGUGCUAAGGGGCGCACUGCCACAACCUCGAGUGUUGGUCGCGUUGUCAGUGGUAACAGGAAGCAUUUGAGUGAAAGCCAAGAUAUUGAGGGUAAAGACGCUAAACCAGUGUCUUCCACCCAUCACACAGCACACCAUCCGUCUUCGAAGAAUGUUGGUAUUGACCGGUCGAAAGAAAUCGAAGCACUUGGUUGGUUAUUGGAACUCUUUUGCAAGCUUGCGUCUGGAUAUUUUGCACUCAGUCGGUACAAAUGUUCAGAUGCCAUUCAGGUUUUCGAAUCUCUCUCGCCAGGGCAGCGAGAGACUCCUUGGGUUCUAUCGCAAAUUGGACGAUCAUACUAUGAACAGGCUAUGUAUGCGGAGGCAGAGAAAUAUUUCUUCCGAGUGAAGACAUUGGCGCCAUCACAGUUGGAAGAUAUGGAGAUCUACUCUACUGUUCUCUGGCAUCUGAAGAACGACGUUGAGUUGGCGUACUUAGCACACGAGUUGAUGGAGAUUGACCGAUUGUCUCCUCAGGCUUGGUGCGCUAUUGGUAAUUCUUUCUCUAUCCAACGCGAUCACGACCAGGCCUUAAAAUGCUUUAAGCGAGCGACACAGCUGGAUCCGAAGUUUGCAUACGCGUUUACUCUUCAGGGUCAUGAAUAUGUUGCAAAUGAGGAGUAUGACAAGGCACUGGAUGCUUAUCGCAGUGGGAUCAAUGCCGAUAACCGACACUACAAUGCCUGGUACGGAUUAGGAACCGUGUAUGACAGGAUGGGCAAGCUGGAGUUUGCCGAACAGCAUUUCCGCAACGCGGCCAGCAUCAACCCUACCAAUGCAGUUCUCACAUGUUGCAUUGGCCUUCUUCUAGAGAAAAUGGACAAUCCGAAAGCGGCUCUAAUCCAGUACGGACGUGCUUGCUCGUUGGCACCUCACUCUGUCCUCGCACGGUUCCGAAAGGCUCGUGCCUUGAUGAAAUUGCAGGAGCUUCGACUAGCUCUAGCAGAGCUGAAGAUCCUCAAGGAUAUGGCACCGGAUGAAGCGAAUGUGCAUUACCUACUUGGAAAGCUGUACAAAAUGCUUCACGAUAAAGCCAAUGCCAUUAAACAUUUCACCACUGCCUUGAACUUGGAUCCAAAGGUAAGAAAGGCUUAUGUCGAAUGUUAACUGUGAAGACUUCUAUGCUGAUUAUUUCCUCUUUGUUCAGGCGGCGCAGUAUAUCAAAGACGCCAUGGAAUCGCUAGAUCAAGAUGAAGACGAUGACGACGAGGACAUGGCCUGACUGAUCCUUUCUUUUUUUCUGUUUCCGUCUUUGUUCCCCAUUCAUUAUUCACUUUUUGACAUCCGAGUAUGUCUUGCUUUGAAUUUCUUGGCCCAAGCGAGGACCACAUCCAUGGUCAUCAGCGUCUUUCUUCUCUUCUUUCCUACGAAUCGAAAUUUCCCUCGGACGUUCAGCAUUCAACAGGCGUUUUGCAGACUGGUUGGUUCAAAGGGUUGUUUCACAAGCAUGAAAAUUCUCAAUACGGUGUCGAAAGUGGACAAACAUCCUGUAUAUUAGCAUGCGUGGGUUUGGCUUGCUUGUGGAUUAUUAUUAUUCUCUUCGUUGGAUGCAUAUGAGAUGAUGGACACAGCCCAGGAAACGGAUUGAUGAACAUAAUAAGCAAUGACUGACGUAAGUCGCAUUAUUGCAUAGCAUCGCAUAUCAUCAAAAUGCUAUUGUUACCCUCGAUGCGGCCUUUGAUAUUCUUAAAAUAGAGGAGUUCUGGC